AGAGGUGUUGUCAGCGCGACCGCAGCCUUGUUUUUCACCUGAUAUGUAGGCAGCACCACUAUAACUCGUUUUUUCCUCUUUCUCCAGCUCCUAUACAAUAACGAAGAGAUCGGAACCACACCAGUAAUAACAACGGCAAACAACGGUUUCUGUUGGUAGAGUUGCUUUACUCGUGUCUCUUAAGAAACAUCUAAAAAAAGUGGACCCAAUUUGUUGUAUUCUAUGUUCUUAAAAAGGACAUAAAAUUCGAGAUUCCUUUGAAAUAAUAUCCUGUAAAAGAUAAUUUAAAUAAUGGGAUCAAGAUUAGCAGAACUACAAGCAAGAUAUAAACAAAAACAGCUCCAAGAAAUGGAGAAUAAAUUAAAAAAAUUAAUCCCAAAUUCGGAACAAAAAUCGAUAUCUGUACAAAUGAUAAGGACAACCACCUCAGAAAAAAGACCUCUGCUAGAAGAACGUAAACAAAAAGCUGGAAUUGACAGAAGUUAUCCUUUAAAACCACUUAAACUCACUAAUACAAAAAUUACUCAAAAUGUUCAUGUAACAAGGAGCAUUAACAUAAAAACCCCAAUUACAAGCAACUUAACAAUCAAUAAGAAAGUUGUAGAAGAUUCUAUUAAUAUUGAAAAUGAGGUUUUAGUUGAUAAAUCAGAUGGUUUUAGUAGUAGCAAUAGCAACUUAAAUGAUCUCAGCUUAAAUAAUAAAUUAAAGGCACUUGAAAUACAAGAUAAAAGCAAUGAAAAAAUUGGCUUGAAAAAUGUUGCAGUACUUAAUAAGCCAUCGAGAGGUGUAAACAAAAAAUCGUCUCCAGUUCCAAACCUUGUAAUACAAAAUAUAGAAAAGAAAAAACCAUUACAGGUUAAAGCAACAAAAACUAGUUUAGCGCCGAAGAUGUCCGCAAGAGGUGGAGGAAAUGUGGCUACCAGAGGUGGAGGAAAUGCACCACAAAGAGCGCCUACAGCUAAUAGGCCAUCAGCAAGACAAACACCAAGAGGACCAUCUGCUGUUACAAGAGACGAUUUAGCUGCUUGUAAAUUUUGUAAUCGCAGGUUUGCACCUGAUCGUUUACAAAUUCACGAAGAUAUUUGUGGAAAAACUGGUCAAAAGAAACGAAGAACUUAUGAUGCUGUAAAACAUAGAAUUCAAGGAACUGAAUUAGAACCUUUUGUAAAAAAGGUUGCAAGAGCACCAUCUAGGGUACGAACUCCAUCGUCUAAGAGAAGCAAUUGGAGACAAACUCACAACGAUUUUAUAAGUACCAUUCGUGCGGCGAAACAGGCGCAAGCUUACGUUGCUAAAGGAGGCAAAUUAUCCGACUUACCACCACCUCCACCAUCUAGUAACCCGGAUUAUGUACAAUGUCCUUAUUGCGGAAGAAAAUUCAAUCAAGCAGCCGCCGAACGCCACAUUCCUAAAUGCGCUACUUACGAAUUCAACAAACCUAAACCUGGAACAGCUCCUCGAAGAUAAUUUAAUUUAUAACAAAUUUAUAGUCUAUUAACACAUUUUGAUGAUAUGUAUUAUUGGGUAAUUUGUAUGUAAAAAUUAUAUAUUUUUAAUAAAUUUUAUGAGAUUAAUGUUAAA